AUGGGUUUGAAUCUAGCGCAUCAAAACCCGGCAGGAAUCAAGAAAGCACUUCAGGGAGCUUGGGAGCAGAAAGGGUGUAUUGAUGCGAAGAUAAACGAUGAUGGAACUAUUAAUUUCUAUUUCGUAAAGGAAUAUCAGCUUAUGGCGAUACUUGAAAAUGCGCCUUACAACUUUAGAGGAUGGAUGAGGUUUAUAGAGGGAAUCACAUUGUCGAAAGUAUUCGGUCGAUGGUGGGGCACGUCGACAAGUGAAAUCUCACUAGUUCGGAAAGUUCAUAUUAUGAAUUCCGGGGAGCCAGUAGAAUUAGAGUUCAAGUAUAAAAAGCUCCAAAAGUUUUGUACUACUUGUGGAAGUCUUAGACACAAUUAUGAUGCAUGCCCUAAGUCAUCAACACUUAGUGCUACUGCUGGUGCUCUAAUGGAGAUUGGUAAUGACCCUUUCAUUACCUCUCAAGAACGUAUGGCUGCAAUUGAGGGGCUCAAUACAAGGCAGGAUAUUGGUGAAAGUUCUGGUACUCAGCAAGAGUUCCCACCUAUGUUAGCCCCAAUUUCAGAGUAUCUUUUAGAACAUGGAUUGGGUCCGAGACCCGCAUCUACCAGUGGAGAUGUAGACAUGACCAGUGUCGAAAGAGGAACAAAGAGGAAGGUUGAUGAAGCUGACCUGGAAGUGACUACUUCUUCUUCGAAACGACCGUUUGGCAGUUCAGGGCAAGGUUGA